GUCUUUACCCCAAAGGAUGCAAAGCAGUAUUUUCAAUAAGCUGCAAGGCCACUAUCAGAAAAGCAUUGUCAACUUGAAACUCAAUGCAGUUGUGGAUUAAAUAAAGCUUUUAGUUGUGUAUAUAUUUUCAUGUCCACAAAAAUUCUACCCAACUAGUCCUCCACCAUGAGUGUCUUUUAUCAUGAAGAGUCACCACCAAACUCUUCCAAGAGAUGCAAAUUCCUCAGUGCAACUUUGAAGGACAAAUUUUCCAACUGCCAUAUUUUUGGUAGACGGCUUUCGACUUCAAGCUUGGAAGAGGAGUAUACAACAAGUGAUUUUAAUGAAGAACAUGAAGUUGUUGUUUCGGCUAUUAGAAGUAAAGCCAUGGAAAAGUUGAAGCGCAGGCAUAGCACCUUGACAGAUAGCUUUUCCUGGGUUUACUCUCCUAUGACUGGAGAAUUGUACAUGACUCCAAACGGAUCAGGACAAAGAAAGGAGGGUUUUGAUGAUGAAGAUGAUGGCAUAGAAGAAUUUGUGACUGUUGGAAGUUGUUUCUCUUGCUGCUCAAGUGCUUUGAGUAGGGAAGCAUAUUAUUCCAUCAAGUCCAACUUUUCCCGCAGUUCCAGCUUGAAUGGUCUUGAUUUUCAAGAAUUUUGGAGGCGAUCAAUAAUCAGAGAGUUGUGCCACUGUGAGGGGUGGCCAUUUGGUCUGGGCCGUAAGGCUGUGUUACUUCCUCCCCUGCCUAAAUCUCCAUCUGAAUCCUGGAAAUGGCGUAAAGGCUCCAGAAAAGUUCAGAUGCCUUAAAAAGUUCUAAGUUAAUCUACAUGUCUCUCUUCUUUUUCCUCAGUCCACGGAUUUAAAAAAGUGAUCAAAUAAAAGAGAAGAUUUACACUCUAGAUGUAAUUACUCUCUUUAAAUAGAUUUCAUACUGUAUCAUCAGUGCUUCAACCCAAAGGGAAGCAUUUGAUAGUCAUUACUUCAAGAGUUUUCAGCCGCCCCGGCCCGGGGGGGCAGGAGGUGGCUAUUUAUGUAUAAUAAUGUGAGAGAUCAAUAGGCCGACCAAGCACUGGCCAGUAGUUAUGGAAGACAACAAUUUCAGAAGAAUAAAUUUUGUUUUCAACCUCGAUA